AUGGAACCGCAGGGUGAUCUGCAUGCUGCUUCCAUAUACAUUAAUAAUGUCUUACUGGCCCGGGGCCUCGUGAAGACCGGCCGACCGAUUGAUUUCGCAAACCCAGAGAAUGAGGAGGGCGGGGUGACGAACACAAUGGCGAGGAUCAUUAACCUGGUGAAUGACUUGGUUUUAAGGCGAGAUCGCGAGGCAGAACAUCGAGAGAACCUAGCAACAACAAUCCGGACGCUACGAGCAGAAGACUCUCAUAAGACUGUGGAAAUUGAAAAACUCCAAACGAAGAAGUCGGAAUUAUCGCGAUCGCUGGCGCUGGCCGAGGCUCAGGAGCGAUCAUUCAAAACCAACAUGUCGAGUGCGGAGGCAACCAUCCGAGGACUGAAAGACCAAGUCCAGCGCAUGAAGACUACCGUGCAGCAAGUCCGAUCCCAAUGCGCCAACGAUAUUCGCAAGCGUGAUCUCGAGCUACAGAAACUGAAGGCCCACCUGGCAGACCGACAACGAGGGAAGCGCGACGGAUUGGGUGUGACCACAAUCAAUAUCAAUCCUGCCGCCAGCCAGUCAUCUCGAGCCCGGUAUCUGUCAGGGGGUGAUGGCGUUCACGAUCCGGGAUACAGCUUGAAGGAGGAAACGAACGACUUCCUUACGCAGUUGUGCCAGACUCUUAGUGAUGAGAACGAUUCUCUAAUCCUCCUUGCACGAAACACCGUUGAUACGCUGAAGGAAGUACAAGGAUUGUCGCUGACGGAAGAUUCGGCCGCUGAGAAUGGGUACUCACACGGGACGGCCAGUACAGGGCCUCAGAGGUCAACGUACGGCGGCCCUGCUGUCACAAACCUACCUGCGUCGUGCGAAGAACUAUCCGGUGAAAUGGAGCUUGUGCUCGAGCAUCUACGGACACUACUCACCAACCCGUCAUUUGUACCACUGGAAGAGGUUGAGGUGCGCGAUGAAGAGAUCAAACGACUUCGCGAGGGCUGGGAAAAGAUGGAAAGCCGGUGGAGACAAGCAGUCACCAUGAUGGAUGGCUGGCAUAAGCGGAUAGCGCAUGGCGGAGGCUCUAUCCGGGCGGAAGAGCUUCGGAUGGGGCUGAAGCUCGAUGUUCAGGUGGGCUCGGAACACUCUCGAGUCAGAGACAGCGACGUGGCCAUGCACUCGCCGAUUUUCGAAGACCAGGAAGAUGAAGAGAACGAGGAUGAGGAUGAAGAUGAGCGUGAGGAAGAGAUGACAGAGGCGGCGCCCAGUCGCGAAGACACCGCACCUCUCCCAGAGGAACAACCUCAACCAAGCCCCAGUCGAGCUCUGAAAGAAAGGACCGAUAACGCCACAUUAAUAGCGCAGCCGCCGCGGAAAGGAGCCAUAGUUUCAGACAGAGACCGUAAAUCACCGUCUAAACACCGGCAAGAGGAAGACGACACGAUGCCGAUCAAGGCCCAUCAAUCAGAUGCUGUGACGCGAAGGCCAUCAAGGAGACGAGUCGAGCCCAAGGGCCCACGUCCGGGCCCCUCUCGAAUGAGUGUAAGUCAAAAACUGGCGGCUGCCGAAAGCGAAGCUCGCGCAGCUGAGCAAUCGCGCCGCGAACAAGAGAGUCGAAAGAGGAGUCGUGGCGGCAAGAUUGCGCGAAAGAGGACGGGAGACCGACGUCGGAGCACGCUGACGACCAAUGAGCUAGGGGAGCUGAUGGGGAUGAAGUAG